CAUGACGUUUGAUUACUUUAUGGGUACAGCUUCGAACUUAUCUCGGAAGAACUUAGUUGCUCACGCGCACUGCAUAUAAGAGCUCGUAUAAUAUUCGUUAAAUCCGUACUGUAGUUACAUAGUCUAGUCAAUUGCUCAUUCAUGUUACUGCAUACGUUAGUGUAGCAUCACAGUGGUCAAACUAUUUACUAGAAUAAAUAACAUUAUUUAAAAAUGUGUUCCCUUAAAAGUUUACUAUUAAUAUGUUCGUUAUUUAGUGUAAUAUUCGCCGCUAGCUUAAAUGGAUCAAUUGGUUUCCCCGAGGCGGAAGAGGAUCCUAACUUAGUCAAUAAGGACAACCGACAACCUGUCUACAUCCCAUCGAUGUGUGCGGAGAACGAGCUGUAUUACCCUGGAGACCAGAAGGAUGACUGGAUAUGUGACUGCAGACCAGGUUUCUUAUACCACCCAAAGUCGGACGCCUGCUGGGCAGCCUACACGAAGGGUCCCUGCCUAGACGGGCAGUACUUAAUUUUACCGCAGGGGUCUGCAAUACCCCUUUGCGAAACCAAUCCCUGCGUUAUCAACAAGUUAGUGAUGUUCAAUGGGAAAUGUCAGCCGCUGUCGACGACCGCUCCAUGCAAUCACUUGUGGCCUCCUGCAGUUCUGACCAUCAACGCCACGACGCUGACCCCCAACUGCGAACGAAUCAACUUACUGUCCAGGUUUGGUGACCGACCGGUCGUCGUACUGCCGAAGUGUCCACCAGGUUGUAAGAGAAGUGUUAACGGAAGAUGUGUUCCUAUUGCAGGAUGAAUGUUAAUAAAUAUUAUUCUACCUUUUCGUAAUUAUUAUUGUUUAGAAAAAUAAUUUCUGAGAAAAAAAAUAUAACCGGAUUAAUAGCGCACUUGUCACGCAAAAUUUCAUGAGGGCGUUUCGACUUUCAGUUUAGUAAACUAGCUUGGAAAAUUUAAAUCUAAUUUGUAAUCUAAUCUGUGUUGUGAAACAGGAGAAUCAAUAUAUUCACCGCGAUAAUUAAGUAACAAAUCCCCUAAAAGUAGCUGAGGCAUGGUAAUAUCCGUCUAACCUUGCACGGUAUGGCACGAGGCGGCCGGCGCCGGCUGUCGUCGGCUAUGGCAACGCGCGGCGCGUCGCUCCCGUAGUCAUGGCGACUCCACCGUCAUCGGGCCACACCAUGUCCCUGUCAUUGGCGUUUAUUUACCAAUUACCACAAUGGACAUCGACGUGGCUGUCUGCACGCACCAUUAUCGACUGAUGAUAAAAUCGGUACCGAAAUAUUACUUACCCCCCUAAUAGCAUUGUGUUUCAUAGUAACAAGUUAGUAGCAGUACGUAAGGUUAAGGUUGAUUGACGGCUCGGUGGAAAGUUUGAAACAUUUCCAAAGUGAAAAGUGCACCUUCCUAGAAAGCGUACCACGUAAGAACAUGCAGCUGAAAUGUGGUAAGUUUUAUAUAAUGACCUAGUUAAUAAACUUAAAGCGCAUGCAAAAAUAUAAAAGAAAAAUACGUAUGAAAUAUGCUGGCAAUAAAUAGCUUUAAGAAUUGUUACUCUAUAUUUUUAAAGUAGCCACGGCAAUAAAACUGGCUCAUAAGUUGGUUGUGGUGUAGCUUCAGUGGCCAGUGCGACGGCUGAUCGUUUAAUUUCCAUAUAAUCGCAAGUGGAGUCGAGCUUGCUCCUAUCGCGAUUGAACGUUGACCCAUAUUCUUGACGCUGGCCGCUGACCACACCACUCGAUCUGAUUACUGACGAUACGACCUUCGCCGAUUUUUGUUGUGGCAGCCUACCGGACUGUUAUUUCCUCUUAAUCUACAACAGGUUACCCAGUUUAUUAAGUCGUGGGAAAUAGCCGCAGGAAAUAUUAUUAUAUGACCCGUGACAUGAUUAAUAUCAGUUAUUAGUAGACUUAUUGAGUAGGAAAUUUUUGAUGUAGGUAUGUAUAAACCUAUGGAAUCGCCUAAUGGGGUUGACUGAAAUAUGUCUGAAAGUCGCAAUAAUGCAGCACGCUUAGGUACUUGUGAGUAGUGGCCACUUGUUCGUGACCAAUAAAUGCUUAACUAAGCUCUUUGUACUUGUAAUGUGUUAACGAACUGUGCUGGCUUACUGGCUCGAUAGCUCAGAAUGUGCACUUAAGUCUACGUUUUUAAUUUACAUAAUUAUUCGUUUAAAGCCCAGAUUUUAAAUGUUUAAUUAUGCUCAUUUGUGAAAUACGUGCACAGCAAUAAAGUAUGGUAAAAUUGUAUAUCAAAUUAUAAAUGGAAUUAUAUUAUUGCGUGCCUAAACAAUGAUACGCAAUUAAGUAUGAAUAAAGGACAUUGCCACCCGUUGGGCCCCUUAUUUGUGAUAGAGUGUCAAGAAUAUUUUAUUAUUAAAAAUCAAGUCCUAAUUUUAUAAAACUAACUAUUUUUUUUCAGAAUUUCUUGUACCCUAGCAUUGAAAAACAUAAUUAAUAUUUAUUUUAUUGAAUCUAAGCUAGUUCCGCCAUUAAAACUUAACGUGAAUGUUGCCAGGUAGACGACAGACUAUCUCAUUUAAAUGAACGAGGUGAUCGAUUGAAAAUAUCGAUAUAAUAUAUAGCAUUUUUCUCUUAUAUCAAAAUGUACAAGUAUAUAUAUUAAGUAUGCACUCGUAAAUAGUAAACAAGAAAAGAAGAAAGAAAAACUGUUUAUAACUGUUGCAUAAACAAUAAAAUAUCAACACUAACAAAAGUCACCACUGAACUAUAUCUAUAAAACGGUUACACCUAACACCAUACAUGGAAUACAACAAUAACACAAUAAUUAGUAAAUGAUAUUAUUUAUAACAAAUCGAUUUAGAAAAUCGAUUAACAAAAUAUUUAACAUGGUAACAUCUACUCGGAACGCGAGUCUAUCUGUCAAAUCAAUACGUCAUUCAAAUUGUUUUCGUGCCGGUUGUUAUGCGUAGAGUUGAAUUUAUUCCUCCGUAUUUGCUUCUGAUAGUUACAAUUUGCGUAAAAACUGUCGAGCUAAUCGUUUUCGUGCCUCCAGUGGUUUUUUUUUAGAUAUUGGACUCUUUUCUUAAUGAUAAGUGAGCACAUUGACUCGUGAGCAUUGGACUCUUGUUUUUAGUGAUAUUGUUGUUUUACUCCGGAAAAAUGUCUGCACCUGGUAGAAGUCGAGUAAACUACUCUUUGUCUCGCCAGUGUGUUAAUUUCUCUUUACGUAUAGGGCCUAAUCUUCGUAGACGUUAAAUUGAAGAAAUAGAUGAACCAAUGCUUAUCCUUCUAAACACCUACAUUGGUAAGUUUGUUUUAUUAUGUUUGUGGAUUUCACACGUCUCUAAACUACCUUACAUUUUAUUUUGUCAUUUUUUCCAGAUAUCUUCUGAUGAUAUCCUGUGUGUGAAAUGUUUUGUAUUAUUACAAAACCAGACAGCAUCUAACUCAAAUCUGUCACUUGUAUCCCCUGCUCGUGGACACCUAAACAUAUGCUACGCAUGUGGCUUGUCAACAGCAAGUCGCAGAACUCAUAGAGUCAGUCAAGAUAGUUCCUCAAAGGAAUGUUAUACUAAGAUGGACACCAGUACAUCACGUGUUGCAUUUGGAACGAGUUUGUGUUCCUUGUUGGGCGGCUGCAUCAAGACAAGUCCGGAGGCAACCCGUUGCUGACAGUAGCCAACACACUGUGGAGUCUGCACCGGAGACUGGUAUCAUGGAUGGAAACAUAAUUACAGAUAUGAUGAUUCCUGUACCACCACCACUGCCACCGCUUUAAUGAUAUAAGCGCUCCAGCACAAUUUCUAGACAACAUAUUCCUUGAAGAAUAAAUGUCUAUUAUUUUAA